CUGGCCCGGAAGCAGCAGAGGAGACUAGGACCCAGGUACCUACUACGUCCUGCGCUGACGUCACCGAGGCCCCGCCCCCAGGCCGGCGGCUAAAUGCGAGGGCCCACAAGAUUCCAAAGCCGCCUCGCUGCCCUCUCUUCGCCUAAACAUCCUCCGGCCCUCUGGGUGUGCUCAAGGGGGAACUGAAGCCGGGGGUGUUUGUGAAUUAUUUUUCCCUUAUUCCACACCCCAGGGACAGCAAAUCUGUAUCCUUCCCCUCUGAGGUGCACGGGACAGCAGGGAAGGACGGGAGAAUUGGGAGGGGGCCGAAUAGAAGGUUUGAAGAGCCGGCGGACUCUGCCACACACAAGAUGGCGGCGCAACCGUGGCGAGGUCCCUCAGAGGCGGUACCAACGCAUGCGCAGCGCGGAGUCCCGGCCCGGGACACAAGAUGGCGGCAGCGGCACUGGGGAGGGCGAGGCGGAGGCGGCAAAACGGCCGGUCGAGCAGAACGUGUGGCCGCAUCCCCUCGAGUCCGCUCUGGGCAGCCGCUGAUUCAAGAAGUCGUCUGGGCCCCCGUCCACUCCGCUACUGACCAGCCCACUCACUUGUGCUGAGCCUUUCUGCAGGCCUCCCCCUUGCCUCUGUUGGACCCUGAGAAGUGGGAGUCAGUACAGCUGGAGAAGAAAACCCUCUCAUGCUAACCUUGCAGACCCCAGAGGGUCCCGUGAGGGUGCUGAGAUGGCCAAUGAGAAUCACAGCAGUCCUCGGGAGGAAGCAUCCUUGCUGAGUCACUCUCCCGGCACCUCCAGUCAGAGCCAGCCCUGCUCUCCAAAGCCAGUCCGCCUGGUACAGGACCUCCCAGAGGAGCUUGUACACGCUGGCUGGGAGAAGUGCUGGAGCCGGAGGGAGAAUCGUCCCUACUACUUCAACCGAUUCACCAACCAGUCCCUGUGGGAGAUGCCUGUGCUGGGCCAGCACGAUGUGAUUUCGGACCCUUUGGGGCUGAAUGCGACCCCACUGCCCCAAGACUCAAGCUUGGUGGAAACCCCCCCAGCUGAGAACAAGGUCAGAAAGAGGCAGCUCUCGGAAGAGCAGCCGAGCGGCAAUGGUGUGAAGAAGCCCAAGAUUGAAAUCCCUGUGACACCCACAGGCCAGUCAGUGCCUAGUUCCCCCAGCAUACCAGGAACACCAACCCUGAAGAUUUGGGGUGCAUCCCCUGAAGAUAAACAGCAGGCAGUUCUCCUCCGACCGACUGAGGUGUACUGGGACUUGGACAUCCAGACCAAUGCUGUCAUCAAGCACCGGGGGCCCUCAGAGGUACUGCCCCCACAUCCAGAAGUGGAGCUGCUCCGCUCCCAGCUCAUCCUGAAGCUUCGGCAGCACUACCGGGAGCUGUGCCAGCAGCGAGAAGGCAUUGAGCCUCCCCGGGAAUCUUUCAACCGCUGGAUGCUAGAGCGCAAGGUGGUGGACAAAGGGUCUGACCCCUUGUUGCCUAGCAACUGCGAACCAGUCGUGUCACCUUCCAUGUUUCGUGAAAUCAUGAAUGACAUUCCCAUCAGGUUAUCCCGAAUCAAGUUCCGGGAGGAAGCCAAGCGCCUACUUUUUAAAUAUGCAGAGGCUGCCAGACGGCUCAUCGAGUCCAGGAGUGCUUCUCCUGACAGUAGGAAGGUGGUCAAGUGGAACGUGGAAGAUACCUUCAGCUGGCUUCGGAAGGACCACUCAGCCUCCAAGGAGGACUACAUGGACCGCCUGGAGCACCUGAGGAGGCAGUGUGGCCCCCAUGUGUCAGCUGCAGCCAAGGAUUCUGUAGAAGGUAUCUGCAGUAAGAUCUACCACAUCUCCCUGGAGUACGUCAAACGGAUCCGAGAGAAGCACCUGGCCAUCCUCAAGGAAAACAACAUUUCAGAGUUAGGUGCUGAGGCUGUCUGGGCCAGUGGCCCCUCACUGCUGUCCCUGUCCACAGAGGAGGUGGAAGCCCAUGAGGUGGACCCUCGUCUGGUGUACUGCUAUCCAUUGCGGCUGGCUGUGCCUGCACCCCCCAUGCCCAGUGUGGAAAUGCACAUGGAGAAUAGCAUGAUCUGCAUCCGGUACAAGGGAGAAAUGGUCAAGGUCAGCCGCAGCUACUUCAGCAAGCUGUGGCUCCUUUACCGCUACAGCUGCAUUGACGACUCGGUCUUUGAGAGGUUCCUGCCCCGUGUCUGGUGCCUUCUCCGACGGUACCAGAUGAUGUUUGGUGUGGGCCUCUAUGAGGGGACUGGCCUUCAGGGGUCGCUGCCUGUGCACGUCUUUGAGGCCCUCCAUCGACUCUUUGGCGUCAGCUUCGAGUGCUUUGCCUCACCUCUCAACUGCUACUUCCGCCAGUACUGUUCUGCCUUCCCUGACACAGAUGGCUACUUCGGCUCCCGUGGGCCCUGCCUGGACUUUGCCCCACUGAGUGGUUCUUUUGAGGCCAACCCUCCAUUCUGCGAGGAGCUCAUGGACGCUAUGGUCUCUCACUUUGAGAAACUGCUGGAGAGCUCAUUGGAGCCCCUGUCCUUCAUCGUGUUCAUUCCCGAGUGGCGGGAACCCCCCACACCAGCGCUCACCCGCAUGGAGCAGAGCCGCUUCAAACGCCACCAGCUAGUCCUGCCCGCCUUUGAGCAUGAGUACCGCAGUGGUUCCCAGCAUGUCUGCAAGAAGGAGGAAAUGCACUACAAGGCUGUCCACAACACGGCCGUGCUCUUCCUACAAAAUGACCCUGGCUUUGCCAAGUGGGGGCCGACGCCUGAGCGGCUGCAGGAGCUAAACACCGCUUACCGGCAGUCAGGCCGCAGCCAUGGCUCCAGCUCUUCCUCAUCCUCUUCAGAGGCCAAGGACCAGGACUCUAGCCGAGAGCAGGGCCCUAGCCGCGAGCCUCACCCAACUUAACAUAUCCUGUGGGGAGGAGGAGCCCAGGGGUGCUUGUAUGGACUGCUGGAACUCGGGCUUCUGGAGGCUGAGUGAACUCCAGGAUCCUCCCCUGGGGUGGCAGCAGGACUUGGGCUGCCAUUGACAUAGGAAUAUUAUGACCCUUCCAGGGCUCCCCCUCCCUGCUUCUUUCCCCACCUCAGACUCACUCCAAGACCUCUGUAAAUAGGCCCAAUCCCUUCCCAACCCCACACUGACCCUGUUGCCACCUUGUUUCAUUUGUAAAAGGAAAUCCAUAAACCCCCUAAGAAUGUGUUGAGGGUUUUGAGGGCA